AUGGAUAGAUAUUGUAGUGAGAAUAAGCCAGAUCGUAUUGCUUCUCCUGGAGGAAAUAGUACUAUCACUGAGGUUAAUAAUAACCCAUUAGAAACUAUUCAGAAAUCUGAAAAUAGGCAAUCAGGUCAAAAUGAAAGAAAUUGGGAGAGGUCCACUGAAAUCUCUAUAUCUUCGAAUAAUAUUGAAUACGGACUAUCAGAUUGCUGAGAAGUAACUACUCUUCAGAUUAAUAAGCUAAAGAUGUGGACUUUAUACAUCAUAUUUGGAAUACUCUCUGUUGGGAUAGUCCCAUUGCUAUCCAUUUGGGUCACAAAUAUUAAAAUAUUUAUGAUGUACACCAAAAUAAAAUGAAGUCCUGAUAAAGCCACGCAUCUUAAAAUUUAUGAUAAAACACAAGGAUCUACAAUUGUUGAGCUAAAGAAAAGUAAGAAAUUUUUUGAAUUCUUAUAGGCAUGAUCAGGAGCAGCCUGCCUGAUUCUCAAGGAGAAAUAACAGAGAGACAAGGAGAUGAAGAAUGCUUUAAACUCAUAAAGUUUAUCUACAGAUAUCUCACUUAUGCAUAUUCUGAUCAGACCAACCGAUUUGAAGCAGUCGCCUAUGAUUUUAACCAUGUUUACAGUACACUUCACUCUCUGAGCUUUGGGCUAACUUAUGAUCAGAUGAGCGCCAACCUAGAGAAGUAUGGGGAAGGCACUAUGGAGAUUAUUAUUAAGCCAUCGUAUCGAAUUAUUGUAGAAGAAAUUUUCAAUAUCUACUACUUCAUACAAAUAUUCAGUAUGAUCAUCUGGUUCAUGAAUGAUUACUAUAAAUCAGGAGCAGUCAUCGGGAUCUUGACAGUUGCAGCUAUUCUCUCAGAACUUUAUGACAAAAGAAGAAGUUUAAAAAGACUCAAAGAAAUGGCUCACUACGAAACUGAAGUGUAUGUAACUAGAUUAGAAUCUGAAGGAAACUCUAAGUCAACUGAGAUUAAUAGUAAUGAACUCGUCCCGGGAGAUAUAAUUCUUGUUCCAGAAGACAAACGAAUGCCUUGUGAUGCUAUUCUCCUCGAAGGUGAAUGUGUUGUUAAUGAAGCCAUGCUUACUGGUGAAAGUCUCCCAGCCAUCAAGACAGCUCUUCCUAAAAGUGAUGAACAUACUGUAGAUGACUUCUCAAUAGAGAACACCAAACAAAAAAUGCAUUUCUUAUUUGCUGGAACCGAGAUUGUGCGAUCAAGAAUGAUGAACUACCAGACUCCUCCAUACGCUUUGGUGACAAGAACCAAUUUUUUGACAACAAAAGGGUCUUUGAUAAGAUCAAUAUUGUACUCUGCGGUUAAGAGGUUUGAUUUCCACUCUGAAGCAUUCUAUGUCCUGUUCGUAUCAUUUUUAUUAGCUGCAGCUGCUAUGGGAACUGUACUCCCAAAGUUCAUUGACAACUUCAGUACAUAUCAUGUUGUGAUAAGAACAAUGAAUGCUUUAACUGUUGCGAUUCCUGCUUUCUUGCCAGCCUGCAUGAGCAUAGGAAUACUUUUCUCAUACGCAAGAUUAUAUUUAAGUGAAAUUUAUUGUUCUCAGCCAAGAAAGAUAGAAUUUGCUGGAAGAAUCAAAACAAUCGUUUUUGAUAAAACUGGGACUUUAACACAAGAAGGGCUCAAUGCAGUAGGAAUAAAGCUCUCUAACAUUAAUCAUUUUAAUUGAAUGAUUAAAAAUAUCCCUGAAGAAGUUAAUAAAUUCCAAAGAAACCAAAGUGCUGACCAAUAUAAAUCUGAAGAAGUUUUUAGCAAAUUCAUUGAAUGCAUGGCCUGUUGUCAUUCUUGAACCCAUAUUAAUCAGAAAAUUGUAGGAGAUCCUCUCGAAACAGAAAUGUUCCAAAUGUCCAACUGGGUCAUGGAUGAAAGUGAAGAACAAAAUAUUUAUAAAGGAGGCAGAUACUUAGCAACAUUUUAUCCUCAAAAUGGAUCACAUUUAAUCCCAGACGACCCUGAACUCAACAGAGAGAUCCUCAAACUCAAUAUUUUGCUCAAGAAUGAGUUCCAGUCUGAACUCCAGCGCAUGAGUGUGGUUGCCAAGAAUAACAUUGAUGAAUCUUUGGUGUGAUUUAUGAAAGGUUCUCCUGAACAAGUUCUUUCACGAUGAGACCAGUCGAAGCUCCCUAAAAAUUAUAUGGAUGAAGUCGACAAAAUAUCUAGCAAGGGACUCAGAAUGAUCUCGCUUGCUUACAGGUCAAUCGAUCCUCUGUUCUUCAACAUUGAGCACCCUCCAGACAGAGACGAACUCGAAUGUGAAAUGACAUUCUUGGGCUUCAUUGUAUUCGAAAACAAACUUAAAGAUUGCACGGCUGAGUGCAUCCAAGAACUCAACGAAGGAGGAGUCAGAUGAAUCAUUGCAACUGGAGACAACGGCGAAACAGCAAGCUCUGUGGCCAAGAACUGAUACAUCAUUUCGGAGGACUCCUAUUUCAGAAUACUUCUUGACGAGUCUGAUGAGAAUAACAGCAAGUUGAAAUGAGAACUUGUCAACGACAACAACUCUUAUAAUGAACUGGAACUAUCUUCAGACUUAUAUGAAGAGCGUGGAGAUCAGCAAUAUACUGAUGAUGAAGCUGCUGAGAACCAGCUACUUCUUGCUAACGACCCACACAAUAGAAAUAACAGCCAAGACCCCUUUGACUUGCUGAUGGACUCUGGAAAUUCGUUGAGCAUUUGUAUUAACGGCAAAGCCUUCGACUAUUUAUCAGAUAAUCCUGAAGGAGUUGUCAUAAAUGGGAAAUACAAUCAUCAAGAAAUCCUUAACAAAGUGCUGAAAGACGGAGCAGUUUUCUCAAGAAUGUCACCCAAACAGAAAGCAGCGCUCAUCAAGCAAAUGCAAGACAAAGGAGAGAUCGUCGGAAUGUGAGGUGACGGAGCGAAUGAUUGUACAGCUUUGAAAACUGCAGACGUUGGUUUGUCAUUGUCUGAAGCUGAAGCUUCAAUUGCAGCACCGUUUACUUCAACAAAGCAGGAUAUCUCGUCGGUAAUAACAUUGUUGAAGCAAGGAAGAGCUGCCUUGGAUUUGAGUACGACUUUAUUUAAGUUUGUAAUUAUGGUGUCUUCAACUCAGCUGUCAAGCAUGAUUAUUUUGUAUUACAGCACUUCAAACCUCGACGACCUUCAAUAUGGAUAUCAUUAUUUUUGUUUUAUAUCAUUACUUACUAUAUUGGCUUUUCACUUAUUUCUCCAAUGAUUUUCUGUAUCUGAUUUAUGAAUACAAGCAGAAAACUUGUUCCAGAACUUCCAUUUCAAUCUCUUCUUCACUGGACUAUUAUUCUAAGCAUUAUUGGCCA